UGGGGACUUACUUUAACUGAAGUUCAGGCCGCCUAUUCGUUAUUUGUGAUGGCGAAUCCAACUGAAAAUCUCCCGUCGGCGAUUCCUCUUAAAACUGAGGAAACUCCACGCCUCGAGGAGACUGAGGAAACGACAGGUGAUUUGGAAAACACCGUUUCCUCCAAGGAUAAUUCGGCAGAUGGGGUAGACAACGCUGUUGCUGGACCGUCGAGCUCGAAAACUACGGCAAAAGGGGAAGCUGUACCGUUGCCAUCACUGAAAUCACACGACAUUUCUAAGCGAAAGCAAAGGCGUCGACGUAGAUUUAAAAAAGUGGAAAGUUCUUCCGACAGCAGUUCGAGCGAUGAAAGCGUCAUUCUUGCUCGUAUACAGGCCAAGAAGAGAGCGUUGGAAAGGGCCAAGAAAGAAAAAUCUCCAGCUUCGAAGAAGCGGAAGAGGAUGUAAGAUGAUCACGUUA